AAAAAGUGUUUGAAUAUUUAAAGAAAACGAAAUUUAAUUUGUUAUUUAUCAUUCGAGUCAUGUUUGACUCAUUUGUCAACUUCAUAUGAUGUAAAUUUGGUCUUGGCUCUUGACAUUUGUAUUUGUGUGAUAUUUUUUCGAGAAAAUCCGAAAAUAAUGGCAAAUAUUUCGCAUUUUUCUUUAUUUUUUGUCUUUGUUUUUGGUUCUUUUUCGCUUUUAUCAGCUCAGGACGCGGAGAUAAGUCAAUUAGAAAAAUAUUUCGAUAAGAAAUGCCUGAACAAUUCAGGAAACAAUGAGGCCUUUCUACAACUUCGAAAUAAUGUUUAUGAAAUGUUACAAUACUUAAAAUACGCUUUUGCCUUUCUUCCUAAUCAGAAACAAACGUUUUGCGACAGCGAAAGGAAGAAUUUAGUCGUUAGAAUAAAAGAAAUUGAAAAAGAUCUUUCAAAAUGUUUCAAGAACGAUGAAGACUAUUUACCGGGCUUUAUAAGGAAGAGUUUUCAGGAGUUUUUACAUUUUCUAUGUCACAAUGAUGGAGAAUACUCAACAAGGUUUUUUACCCCUGCAGUUACUGAUUGUCGAAGCAGAAUAGAAAAUUCUACUUCAAACGAUUUGGAGUACUGUUUGAACCGUAUAUUCCCUCCGUCAAAUGGUAAUUUGCUAAAAAAAGAUAUGUGCGAUGACUUGACUGUAAUGAAGAAAUGCUUUGUACAGGCAUUAGACAACCAUUGCAGGACAACUUAUGAGGCUAAAAAUCUUAAUGAAAUAUUUUUUAAUUACAUACAGAAACCGUGUAAUGGUGCAGGAUAUCUUUCUUCAGGUACUCUAAUAUUGUUUUUUGCAUUACUACUUCAUGUUUUUACAAAAUUUAAUUUAAUGUAAGGUUUAAAAAAAACUACUUAAACUCGGGGAUGGGCAGGUAAAAAAAUCAAUACGUCCACAGAUUAGUAAAGCUAAAAAAAUGCUGUUGCUGUUAAAGUAGUAGAGCUUAGAACUGGAAAGAAAAAAAAAUAUGUAAAAGCUGCCCAUCCCUUCCUAGUUGUUAUAUUUUUCAUAUGUGUACCUAUUAUUUAGAUAUUAAGGAUAAAAAUUAAUGACAGCUGUCAAUUUUUAUGGGGUCGUACAACCGCGCCCUCUGUUGAUGUAUGUUUUUAUUAGAUUGACGGCUAUCUAGCUUGAAACUAUGGUAUUUGAUUUAGGAAAUAUGGCUGUUAUUAUUUUAAACUUUAGCUGAAAGAAUUUAAAAUAGUAAUAAGUAUAUAAAAUGCCUUGUAGAUAGAACUAAUAUAAAUAUAAUCUGAAUAAGUGUUAAAAAGUUAAUUUAAGAGAACCCAGUAAUUUUUUUUAGAUAUUUUUCUUAUAUAAAUGUUUACAGAAUAUUAUACAAUUUUUUUAAUGAAUAUAAAUUAUUUUUUUAAUAUUUUAACUUCAAUAAGAACAAAUAAAAUUACGACAUAAAAAAUAGGAGAAAUUCGAUUAAAUAAAUUAUAAAAUAAUUGCCAAAUUAAUGCUAAGAUUUUUUAUAUGUUGAAAUUAUUAUUAUUUUUUUUUCUUCUGAAAUUUUUAUUUAUUUUCAAAUGUUUCGAGUUUGAGCUUUUUUUUGUAAUUCUUAGAAUUGUGUAUUGUACUUAUUGUGAUAAAUUUUUAUAUUAACCAUUCCUUUACAUUAUAUUUUUAAGUAUGUAUAAAUAACCUAUUCUCUGUAAGUAGAUCUUUAAUUGUAUAUUACUAUUAUAUUCAAUUGUUAUUAUUGCUGUAUGUAAAAUAAAGUAAUAAAUGUUAUGUGAGA